AUGAAGAUCAAAAAGAAGCCUAUAACAAAGGGAAUGGAAGUAUCUUCUUUAAUUCACUAUUUGGAGCAAGAAAAAGCUCAAAAGGGAACAGCUCUCUUCCAUAUUCUUAACAACAAAAGAAAACGAUUCAUAUCCAACGAAAAUCUAAUACAAGGAAAACUUCAAUGGACAAGGUUUUUCUCUAGAAACAAACCUAUUAACAUCAUUACGGUUUAUGCUUCAUCUGAUGGUGAAGAUGAUGAUGAAAUAAUCAACAUUAUUAUUCACCUUCUACUAAAAUGUGAAAAUGAAUUCAACAUUGUGCUAGGAGAUUUCAAUAUCAACACAAGGAAACCACAAAAUUCGAGAGAAAAAGAAUGGAAAGAACUUAUUGAGUGUUUCCAACUCAAAGAACUAAUCAUCCCAGAGAAUUACACAUACGUCAGAAAAGUCAUCAACUCAGUUCAAAAAUCACGACCUGAUCAUAUCUUCGUUUCUAACAACAUCAGAAUAAUCAGAGAAGUUAUUUUGCCACCAAUAUCCAAAAAUGAUCAUCUACCGUUCUAUAUUGACAUUGAGCUCGAAACAGACUAUUGUUGGAGAAACUUCAUCUCUAGGAAAGAUAUGAAUCAAAUCUCAACAACAUUGAACGAAUCACACUAUGAUUCAUUUGAUGCACUUCAGAAAGACAUAUCAGAAAUGGUUAACAAAUUUUCUUUCAAAGACGAUAAGACCAAUCUCAAAUACAUUAACACAAUCAAUAAGAAAGAAAUCAAAACCAAAGAAAUAGAACUCCUCCAUCUUGUAACACAAGGAAAAGGUCAAAAUAUCGAGGAAAUUGAAAAACUAAGAAAUAAUAUCAAAGUACUAUACAAGGAAACUGGAGCUGAUAUCAAAGCAAAACUAAGUGAAAAUUUCAACAAACAUGACAGCUCAAUGAUUUACCAGUUUGACAAACAUCUAAAAGAAAAAUCAAUAGAUUGGAAAAAUAUCCAAUUCUCUGAAGAAGAAAUUGUGCAUCAUUUUGAAACAAAAUUUACCUCAGUAUCCAAAUCAUCAGACUUUGAAAAUCCACCAUCAACCGUCAAGAAAGGACCGAAAAUACCACAAAUAAGCCUUAAAACAAUUAAAGAGGCGAUAUCGAGAAUGAAAUCCAACACACCCGGUCUAGACUCAAUAUCCUUCCAAAUUAUACGUAAUCUCAAAGACGAACAUCUACAACUUAUUGCUGACCAAUUUGAAAACUGCAUUCAACAAGGUAAUAUCCCUGAAGAAUGGAAAUCUGGUUGGGUUAAAUUACUCCCUAAAAGAGACAUUCAAAAACUAAAUGAUAUUAGACCCAUAACCAUUCUCCCAAUAUAUUACAGAAUACUUUUCAACAUAAUUGCAUACGAAUUAAGACAAUGGGCUUCCAAACACAUCAACUUAAGGCAACAAGCAUUUAUUUCACACAGAAACACAAUGAAUCACGGAUUAUUACUUUCAUCUCUAGCCAAAAAGAACAAGUCGUCAUUCCUUUUGGUAAACUUAGACAUCGAAGGCGCCUAUGAUUCCGUUGAAGAUCAUAUCAUUGAAAAAGCUCUCACUCAUUGUAAGUUUCCAGAUGAGUUGAAAACUUUUAUACUAAACUCAUACAAGAGUCAAAUAUUACAGCUAGAAAUUGAUCACCAUCUCUCUAGACCAUUCACAAAAACAAGAGGAAUACCACAAGGAUGCCCUUUAGCUCCUCUUAUAUAUGAUUGUAUUACUCAACUCAUCAUUGACAAAUGCAUACAACAAUGGAAAAUUUCAAUCAAACCAACCAAGCUUAAUAUUAACGAUAUUGGUUUGCUCUGCUUUGCUGAUGACAUUAAUUUAGUUUCAAACAGAUACUGCAAUUAUAACGAAAGACUUGAUAAUAUCUCUAAAUGGCUCGGCCAAUUAAGUCUAAAAAUUAAUCCUUCAAAAUCCAUGGCAACCACUCUCCCAACUAAAAGCAAAAUGAAGCCAAUGAUAGACGGUACUAUUAUACCAAGAUUCAAAAACCUUCGAGUACUUGGACACUAUCCUUGGGAUGACUCUACUUUAAAUGAAGAUAUUGAAAAAAGAAUCCUCCAAUUUCAACUCUCACUCAAAUAUAUUCCACUGAAAAGAAUGGAGAUAACAAACAUUAAGAAAGUAAUUUUUGCCAAAUGCACUAGCUUAUUUACACACAUUUUACGAACAAAUUACAUUCCUGAAUCACUUGUUGAUAGAAUUAACAUUGAAGUAAGAAAAGCAAUAAGAAAGAAAAAUUUUCAUGCAUAA